ACUUUGUUCCCAUGUUCUGUCACCAUGAGGACUGAGGUAACUGCUGCUCUUCUCCUGGGGUUCUAUACCCUAUCCCAGGCCCUAUCUCUGUCCGGGGAGGAGAACAGGACAAGCAGGCGGGAAACUCGGGAGGUCAAGACAGCGCUCCCCAACCCAGUUGACUGUGCCUGGAGUCGCUGGUCUGAGUGGACCGCCUGCAAUCCGUGCACGAAGACACAGCACCGUUCUCGAACCGUAGAGAUAUACGGCCAGUUCGGUGGGAAAUCCUGUCAGGGACAGCCAGUCGGAGAGUCACAGGCGUGUGUCACGCAGGCUGUAUGUGAACCGGACCCCCCUAAGGAGUGCUCCAACAACGAGUUCACCUGUGAAUCAGGGGCGUGUAUUAAGGCGAGACUGUCCUGUAACGGUGACCUGGAUUGUGAGGAUGCGUCCGACGAGGACUGUGAGCCCGUCCGCAGACCCUGCGGAACACAGCAGUACGAAACCAACGAACAGGGAAGGACUGCAGGAUAUGGAGUGAACAUCUUGGGCAUGGAACCCCGAAUGAACCCCUUCAACAAUGACUACUUCAAUGGGCUGUGCACGAAGGUAAAGAGCUCUGUCAGCAACCAGUACAACAGGCUACCUUGGAACGUGGGUGUGCUCAAUUAUGAGACGUUAGUCGAGGAGACCGUUUCUAGGGAGAUCUACGAGGACACACACACACUCCUGAGGGAAUUGAUGACUGAGACAACGUUAACUGUGGGAGCCGGGCUGAACUUAAAGUUCACUCCCACAGAGAAGUCUAUGGACAAGGCCGCGAAGAACAUAGAGGCCACUCCCACAGUGCAGUCUACGGGCAACGCCACAGCAGUCAAGGUCAACACAACUAUGGCCUGGGAUGUGGGUUUGGACUUUGAGUAUAAACGAACUAACAUGAUCAAGAAUGUUGCGGAGUACACCACAAUUAAGAACAAGAGCUUCAUGCGUGUCAAGGGCCGUGUGCAGCUGAGCACCUACAGGAUGCGCUCGCGGGACCUUCAGGUGGCCGGGGACUUCCUAGAACACGUCAAGUCUCUGCCUCUGGAAUACGAGAAAGGACAGUACUUCAGCUUCCUGGAGGACUACGGAACUCACUAUACAAGGAACGGGAAGUCUGGAGGAGAGUAUGACCUGAUCUACGUUCUGAAUCAGGACAACAUACGGGACAAAAAGGUGACAGAGAAGAAGGUCCAGAACUGCAUUAAACUUGGAAUCACAGCCAACUUUGAAAUAAGCUCUGGGAUGGGAGGAGGCGCUCACGUCAGGCCGGACUACUGUAAAGACACAGUCAACAACGACACAGAUGAGAAGGAGGGUAAGGCGCUGGUGGAUAAAGUGAUCACCGGGGUCAGGGGUGGUACCCUGGAGGCCGCGGUUGCCAUGAGAACCCAGAUAACAAAGGAAGGCCUAAUGGACCAAGCGACCUAUGUAGGCUGGGCACGGUCGGUGGGCGAUUCGCCCGCACUCCUCAGAAGUGAGCCCGAGCCUAUUCAGAGUCUGAUCCCGCUGGACAUGCCUGGUGCCAACACCAGGAGGCUUAACCUGAAGAGAGCCACUGAGGAGUACGAGGCGGAGUACAACGUGUGCAAGUGCAUGCCCUGCCACAACGGGGCCACCCUGGCCCUGCUGGACGGACAGUGUCUCUGCCUCUGUCCGCCUCAGUUUGAAGGUCUGGCCUGCCAGGAUGUCAAGACUGACCAGAAUAAGAAUUCCAAAAUGGCCGUGGGGGGCGUUGCUCAGGAGGGGAAUUGGUCGUGUUGGACACCGUGGUCAGGCUGCAGUGGAGGGAAACGUACUAGGACCCGAAUGUGCAACAAACAGGGCCUCACUGGCGCCACCUGCCGGGGAGAUACCCACAGUGAAGACUACUGCUGAGCACUGGCAUUCAAGUCCUGAUGACUCAACAUAAACAAUGCACGCCCAGAUACAUCGACAAAGCCAGAAACUGAUCAAAAUGUGUCCAGAAAACACUUUCUCACACACACAGAUACUCAUGAUUAAUAUCACAAAAUCCUGAUUAAUAUUGUGAAAGAGAAAAUGACAUCCAAUUCCUUGAGGUUUUCCUACUAAUCAUAUUCCAAGGACGUUUGACAACUUACCGUAGAUGUAUAUCUGGAGUUGACAGGGUCCAUAUAAAACAUGUGAAAACAUCCUA